AUGGCCGGUUCAAUCAGUUGGAGUCGUGAAAAGGAGGAAGUUGCCUGGUCCGUCGGAACGAAGUUUGUAUUGGACGAGGACAAUAAACAUUUUAUCAAGACCAAACUAGAUCACUUGUCACGAAUCAGUCUAUCCUUGACCACCUAUUUCACCAAAGAUUUGCAGUUCACUUUAUGCGGUAUGUUCAACGGUCCGGAAAUGCCACAGCUUGGUCUGGGCUUGGAACUGGAAUGUUGA